AUGUCAUCUAUCACUCAGGAUGUGGCCUUCCAAACGCUAGACGCUCUCGAGCAGCGACUGCAACGCGUGCGUUUCCUGCUCUACGGUUCUGCUGCCGCUGCCGCUGCCGACAACGACGACCAAACGCCUACCGACACAACUAUAACCCAAACUCAAUCAAUCGCUUCCCGACUACAAGCAUUGCAAUCCUCCUUCAACUCGGUCCUGUCCGACUCCAAGAGCGCUCAGGCCAUUGUCGCCUUGCAAUCACAACAUCAACACGAUGGCCCUGACAUGACCUCGGACGCCCUAGCCGCCCUCGUUCUUUCUCACGCUCCGUCAUACCAGGCCACAGCUGCCCGUCUAACUUCUCUCCAAGACACUCCUGUGCCGAACUCCUCUGCCUUGGCCGCCUUGGUUGAACUACAUCCACGUCUCGAACGCGUCGCGACUAGACAAGACGAUCAACAACUAUCUAUCGCUCAACUACGACACCAAAGCCUCGCACUACUGGGCAGGUGGUAUCAUCUAGGCAUCAUUGGAAUGGACGACUGCUGGACCGAAUGGGAAGCCCGACUCAUGGAUCAGGAGAAACUCGUCAGAAGAGCAGAGGCCGAGAAGAGACUGAUCGACAACCCGAAUUGA